AUGGUUGAUGCUACUAGUAGAGGAGGUUUGAUGAACAAGAGUGCUACUCAAGCUAAGGAGAUGUUUGAGAACAUUGUAGCAAAUUCUCAACAGUUUAAUUACCAAAGAGCUCCCCCAAAGAAAGCAGGCUUUUAUGAGUCCGGACAUCCUAGGGAGUCUUGUCCAAGUUUGUAUGGUGAUGAAGAAGAGUUGGCUCAAGCACACUAUAUGCAGCAACAAAAGCCAAGAAACGAUCCAUUUUCUAACACCUAUAAUCCGAGAUGGCGGCAACGCCCUAACUUUGGAUGGAAGAACAACCAAAAUGUGCAAACAGCCCCAGUUCAACAAAAUCAGUUUGUUCCUCAAAAAAAUGCACCACCACCACCUCAUGGGCAAGGUAAGUCUUUAGAAGAGUUAAUUAAUUCUUUGGCAUUAAGCACUCAAGGUUUUAUGCAGGAAAUAAGCCAAACACAGGCACAAAUGUCUACAGCAAUCAAGAGCCUUGAAAACCAAGUUGGACAAAUUGCAGCCUCCUUAAGUCAAAGAGAGCCUGGAAAGCUUCCAAGCCAAGUAAUUCCAAAUCCUAAUGGAGGCCAUGAUACCGCAAAGGCGAUUACUCUUCGAUGUGGAAAAGAGGUGGAAAAUGAUGAUAAUGAGGGGAGAAAUUCAACCAAAACUGUGGAUGCCCCCUCUCCCAAGCUUACGGUUCCAAGUGACAACUCUAAGGUAAGUUCUCUUGUGAAUCAUUCAAUUACUUCAAAGGUUCCUUUUCCUCGUAGGUUUUUGAAUUUAAAGAAUGAGCAAGUUUCAAAGGAUAUCCUAGACACUUUCCGAAAAGUGCAAGUGAACAUUCCCUUACUUGAUGCGAUCCAGCAAAUUCCAAGCUAUGCACAAUUCCUCAAAGAAAUUUGUACAAAUAAGAGAAAGUUCAAGGAGUAUGAAACCGUGGCCUUAAGUGAAGAAGUCUCGGUCGUGCUAUUGCGUAAAUUGACUCCUAAACUGAAGGACCCAGGGAGUUUUACAAUUCCUUGCAUUAUUGGUGAUGUUCAAUUUGAUAAAGCAUUUUUAGAUUUAGGCUCAAGCAUUAACCUUAUGCCUUUGUCUAUUUUUCAGAGAUUAGGUAUUGGAGAGCUCAAGAGUACUUUCAUUUCUCUUCAACUUGCGGAUAGAUCAGUCACAUAUCCUAAAGGAAUCAUUGAAGACGUGUUGGUCAAAGUGAAGCAAUUUGUGUUGCUGACUGAUUUCCUAGCUCUUGACAUGGAGGAAGACCGCGACAUCCCAAUCUUGCUAGGCCGUCCCUUCCUUACUACAGCUAGUGCAUUGAUUGAUGUGCAACAAGGAACUUUAACUUUGAGAGUUCAAGGGGAAUCUGUUGAGUUUAAGGUGUUUGAAUCUGUUAAAAAACCGAGGGACUUGGAAGAGUGCAGCCGCAUAGAUCUCCUUGACCCAAUUGUACAUGUCAACUACUUGGAAAACACCUCUACAUAUGUCUUGAAAGCCAAGUCGCCACCCCUUACAUACGUGAAACACAUGCGCUCUUCUCUUGGACGUGCCGAAAUUUAUCAAUGUUGUAUCAAAAGCUUUUACAAGAUGAGCCAGCUCUUGUGGCAUCUUCUUGCUAAGGAUCACAACAAGACAUUGCAUGACAAGGCUAUUACUCGCAAGGAAUUUGGACAACAGCCCAAGCAUUACAUGGAAGACGUAGCAUUCUUUGCUACUUUCGCACCACCGUAG